GCAUUUAUCGUCGCACCCGUUUACCGGUCAGUACGUGAAACCGCUCCGGUCGCGCGACGUUUUCCUCCGCCGAUGUUUCAAAAAGUUUCAAACAGUAAUAGAAUAUAUCAGCCGCCGCCACUGCUACCAUCAGCUCUUCUGCGAUUCUAUUGCGCGUGCCCUUCGCCAUGAUAACCACUAAAGUCGCUCUUCGCAACGCCGUCAAGAAGUUCAACACGUCAUGGCAAUGUAGAAACCUUACAAAUGAAGCCUCAUUCGAAUUAAAACCGUAUAAACUUCAUAAAUUAGAAACUGGACCCAGUACUACGACGACAGUGAACAAAGAUGAUGCCUUGAAUUACUACAAGCAAAUGCAGUAUAUCAGACGUAUUGAAACAGCAGCCGGCAAUUUGUAUAAGGAGAAGAUCGUCCGAGGAUUCUGUCACUUGUAUUCCGGACAGGAAGCUUGUGCAGUGGGCAUGAAAUCAGCGUUCCGUGAACCGGACUCAAUCAUAUCAGCCUACCGUGUACACGGUUGGACAUAUCUGAUGGGUGCGAGUCCUGUGGAGGUUCUCUCUGAGCUCACGGGUCGUUUCGGAGGUGUAGCACGCGGCAAAGGCGGUUCCAUGCACAUGUACGGGAAAAAUUUUUACGGUGGAAACGGUAUCGUCGGUGCUCAGGUUCCUUUGGGAGCAGGCAUUGCGCUUGCUGCGAAAUAUUUGGGCACAGGUGGAGUGUGCUUCGCUUUAUAUGGAGAUGGAGCUGCAAAUCAAGGCCAAGUGUUCGAAGCGUACAAUAUGGCCAAACUGUGGGAUCUGCCGUGCGUGUUUGUAUGCGAAAACAACGGUUACGCAAUGGGAACGAGUUCGGAACGGUCAGCGUCAAACACAUCGUACUACACCAGGGGCGAUUACAUACCCGGCAUUUGGGUAGAUGGGAUGGACGUAUUGGCGGUUAGAGAAGCGUCCAAGUUUGCUGUGGAUUACUGUGUUAAAGGAAACGGUCCAAUCGUUUUAGAAACUGUUACUUACAGAUACUCUGGCCACUCAAUGUCGGAUCCCGGUACAUCGUACAGAACCCGAGCAGAAAUCCAGGCUGUGCGGAUGACCAGAGACCCAAUCACAUCAUUUAAAGAAAAAAUUCUCUCCGCUAAUCUGACGACUGUAGACGAUCUCAAAAAAAUCGAUAGUGAAAUUAAAACAGAAAUCGACCGAGCAGUUAUAAAAGCCAAAGAAGAUCCAGAAAUUCCAUUAGAAGAACUAGCCGCUGAUAUUUAUUCAAAACCACUCGAAAGUGAGCAUCGAGGGGUAGUACCUUGGCAAAAGUUAAAACACCUAAGAAUUGGAUCAGCAGUUAAUAUUAAGUGAAUUACUACAAAUUGUAACAGCUAAAUGUGAUAAAAGUUGAUUUUGAUAAUUUGAUGAGAUGCUGGAAAGUAGGCAGGGUAUUUAUUAUUGAAUUCAAAACAAAUUUAUAGUUUUUGUUAGUUUUUAACAAAUAUUUACUCACUGGAUUUAAUU